AUGGUCAAAGCUAUUCUGUUCCCGGCAGCCCUCGUAGGGAUGCUUGUUCCAUCGGUACUGGCGGCGGCGGGGACGAUCCGGGUGUCAGCGACAGGGGUAGACAACAAGGCGUGGCUGAACAUCUUUGGGGUGGAUACCGCUACCUACCUUGACUUCCAAGAGAAGGGCACAGGCGAUGAGAAGUUCCUACUCGUCGACGCCAGCCCGGGCAGCGCCAUCAAGAUCCCCAAAGCCGAGUGGCAAAAAGGACGAGGGGUGUUUAGCUUCCAUGAGAAGCAAGCGGGCUCGGCGGGGCUGGAAGUGGUCCGAGAGGGUCAGGGAGCCGAAUGGCGCUUGACCUUGCGAACCCUUGAUGAGUUGAAGAAUACUGCGGAUGUACUUGGGGACUGUCAGGACGUGACCAUCAAUGGUGUUACUCUUCGCUGCGACGACAAGCCUCAGAAGCUCAAUUGUUUGAAGGCGCACGUAGAGCCCGAUCCUUUCAGAUCGCCCUCCUACGGAGACCUGACCCGCGGCCCUUGGUCGACCUCAGCCCGCGACCGUUACUCGUAUAGACCGAGUACGCUCAAACACCUCGCUAGCCCAUCCCUACGUACUCAUCCGCACUCCAGUAUGAUAUUUUACGGUCUUGUACCCCUGGUGCUGGCCCUCAGCACUGGAGAUGCUCGCGCUGUCGCCGCCGAUCUCAGUGUCCAGGCUCGUGAUGGCCCCGUCAACAAUAUCGAUAUCAUGAUAGGUCCGGACUUCAAGAUCAUAAGCGGCGAGACCACUAUGGGAAAGGCUGGUACCCACCCUUGGGGCGACAACGUCCUCGUGGAGGGCAGAGUCAGACCGCAAAUCACUGUCGGGGGACUUGGGAAGCUCGAAAAGCCUACAGGGAGCUCCGUCGAAGCCCCGAUCACACAGCAGGAGUGGAAAUUUCUCGGGAGCUCUCAGGUUGGUGGCAAAACAGAGGAGUUUCUAGGCAGUUGCAGGAUCAAGUUAUACGACAAUGAGAGCGUUGUAGAAAUGACUGGCCCGCCGACCUUCAUGUUGACCAAUCGCACGGUACGAUGGAACACGCAGUACAUCUCCAAAUCGAGGGCGAUGUAUCUUGUCUGUGCGAGGUGGAUCACGAAAGUUGAUCUGUCAAGGUGCGUAAGACUUCUUCCGGCCCAUGCUAUCAUUCGCAUUGGCCGCGAUAGCCGCGAUGCUAUGAUGAACGCUAUCGAGAGCAAGCUGACUGCCUCAGGUGGUAAAAUGGCGAGUCCGCUGCGCCCACAUCAAGGGAGGUUGGAGAGGACCUGUGGAGGAACGGUGUUGUAUACAGCUAGAAAGGUCUGGCGAAGGCUGCGAGAUGAACCGGUAGAGACUAAAAGCUUUAGAGCAGCGGUCCAGGAGACAAGGUCAAUAGUCGAGUGGCACGAGACCGCCGGCGCUCCGAGCGUCCGCCCCAAUGUCGUCUCGACUCUCAUUGGCUCGAAGAAUUCCUUCGAGUUAAGCGUUGCGACCAGAGAUCUGCUGGGAUCAUGA